ACUGCUUAAGAUGCCGUGGUGGCAAAAAGAGAAGGGCACCAUCCACCCUGCAAAGGCCGGGAUGCAUGACCCCAUUUCCGGUUCGAUGACGUCACUGUCUCCAUCACAACUGAACGCUGCCAUCAUGGACAUGCUGCAUACGAACAACACCGGAAACAGGUGCCAGACUGCCUGUAGAGGCGACCCGAUCACGACGGCGGGCCAGCGGAACCAGAUGAUCAAGAUGCUGGCGAUCAUCCUCGUUCCGGUGCUCAUCCUGAUGGGUCUCACCGGAAACUCGUUCGGGAGCUCCCUCAGCAGCUACGUGUCCUCUCGCCACAUCCGAUCAACCCUCUUAUUCAGUCUCGACAUGGGAAUUCUGAUCCGUGCGCUGCAGCGGGAACGCGAUGCGAGCGCCCUCUACUUGAGCGCAAUCCGACCGGAAACGAAAAACUUCCUGUUGCAGCGCUACCAGGAAACGGAUGAGGCGACACAGACGCUUCCUUACUGGCCGAACACCCUGGGCGGCGCGCUCUCUGACUUCGACUCCAGCGAGUCCUUCAUCAAACUACUCAACAGGCACAGGUAUGAAUUGGACACGCUGCAGGUGACGUUCCGCGACGAGCUGAACACAUACACGGCCUGGAUUGAGGUCUUCAUCAAGUGGUUCUAUCGCGCCAUAUCGGAGGCCCGGGCAGAGCGGGUGUGGAAGGCGUUUGUGGCUUAUCAGGAGCUGUUGGUGGCCAGGGAGUACCUGGGCCGGGAGCGCGCCAUGGGGCUCAUCUUCUUUGCCCUCGGGAAGUUUCCCACCAGGGAGGAGUACCUCUACUUUGUCGAGAGCCAGGACACGGCGAACACGUCGUUUGCCACUGCGCGCCAAUAUUCGGAAAUCGCGCGGGAUGUUUAUGACGACACCAUCAGCGACAAUCCGGGUAUUAUGUCGGUCAUCCACGGCAAGCGGCUGGAAAUACGGGCCCGAUAUACCGGGGAGGACAAUAACACGACCGGCUCUCUCCCGGAGGCGACCUUCUGGUUCGAAAACAUGACUUUCUUCCAGGACAUAGUAAAUGACGCUCAGACGUCGCUGGCGCUGCGGAUAGACUCCCUAUUGAAAGAGCAGCAGACGACGGACCUCACGAACAUCAUCGUGAUCUGCGUCAUCUUCAGCGCCGUGCUGAUCCUGUGUCCCGUCAUCGUGUACGCCGUCUACAGCCUCACCGUGGAGAUCCAGAGAUGCUCCAUCCAUAUCGCCGACAGGACGAAGGCGCUGAGUAAGGAGAAGAAGCGCACGGACACGCUGCUGUACCAGAUGCUGCCGAAGCAAGUGGCGGAUCAGCUUAAGCAGAACAAGGAGGUGAACACCGAAGAGUUCAUGAACGCCACCAUCAUGUUCUCCGAUAUCGUCGGCUUCACGCAGAUCUCCUCGCGGAGCUCGCCGCUGCAGAUCGUUGAGAUGCUGAACACGAUCUACUCGUGCCUGGACGACCGGAUAGAGAUGUAUGACGUAUACAAGGUGGAGACGAUAGGCGACGCCUACCUCGUCGUGUCAGGGGUCCCCAACCCAAACGGCAAGCGCCACGCCUCGGAGAUCGCCUCCCUGUCGCUGGACAUCAUGGAGCACGUGAACCGGAUGGAGAUCCCGCACAUUCCCGGAACCUACGUACAGCUCCGGAUCGGCUGUCACAGUGGUUCGGUGGUUGCCGGCGUGGUGGGUACCAAGAUGCCGCACUACUGUGUGUUCGGGGAGGCAGUCAACGUGGCGUCCAAGAUGGAGUCACUCGGAAAACCGUGCAAGAUUCACCUGAGCGAGACGACGGCCAACAUUCUCACCGAGCUUGGGGGCUUCAUACUCAGAGAGCGGGAGAACUUUGUGGAAAAGACUGACCACGACCUGAUGUUGGCGUUCAAGGGGAAAGUGCGCACGUUCUGGCUGGUCAGUAAGGAGGGAUUCGCCCCUGUCGACCCCGAGUACUCCAACGAAAAUGGGGACAAGAGUCCCUAAACAGAAGCGUGUGAAGUGGAUCCUCAUGAAAAGGGCGCUAGUCCAGAUGAAUAACGUGUGUCAACGAUUGUUAUGAGCCUGAUCGGGUCUUCAUUGCUUCAUUGAGUUACAUUUUGUAAUUCUAUAGUUAUGGAUGAUUGCGUUUCUGUUGUUAUAAUAUUAAAGCGGUAUACCUAAUUAAUUUAAAUAUUAUUAUUAUUUAAUGCUCAUGAACUUGUUCGAGGCUUAACCCAGAUAAUUUCGUUUUCUUAUAUUUCAAACAAACAUUUUGUGAAUAUAA